AUUAUUGUUUAUGCGCUACGUAUAGAAUCGGACCUCCACCGGCGUUUCCUCCCGAUUUCGUCGUCGCCAAGGAAGUCCGAUUCCAGAUCGAGAAUUCGAGAUCUGUAACGGAGUGGAAGCAGCUGAUCGCCGUCGUUGAUACCAAUCCGUCAUCAUGAUUAGCGGCGGCCUUCUCAAGAUCUACCCCUCGGAGCUGAAAUUGCCUUUCGAGAUGAAAAAACAAAGCUCUUGUAGUAUGCAGCUGACCAACAAAACAGAUCAUUAUGUUGCUUAUAAGGUUAAAACAACUAGCCCCAAAAAAUACAGUGUGCGACCAAACAUGGGAAUUGUCCAGCCGAGAUCAUCAGUUAGCAUAACAGUGACAAUGCAAGCUCAGAAGGAGGCUCCACCUGAUUUGCAGAGCAAAGACAAGUUCCUAAUCCAAAGUGUUGCAGCAGAUGAAGGAACCACAACCAAGGACAUAACCACUGAAAUGUUCAAUAAAGUACCUGGUAAAGUUGUCGAGGAGUUUAAGCUACGCGUCAUUUAUAUACCUGCUAAUCCUCCCUCACCAGUUCCAGAGGAAUCAGAGGAAGGAGGUUCCCCACAUUCUUUCAUGUUAGACAAUGAAGUUCAGAGUUCAACAUUACUCGAUGCUGCAUCAAGAUCAUUGGAAGAACCUUCUAGAGAACAUGAGGUAACUUUGAGAUUCUUCUAUUCUGCCUAUCUGUGGUGGAAGUUUUACUUAACCAAAGACAUCCUAAACAUUAUAAAUACAAACUUUUUCAUCCACCGUGCCUCGCUAUAUUGAGAAUGAGAUAUGU